AAACCUUACCGCUUCAAACGCAAGGCCGGCCUUGUUACAGCCUAAACCACAGAAAAGAAAGAAAAACUCGUCUGGAUCAACGAAGCUGCUGCCUGCUGUUGCAAUGGCGUCUGCACUGACCGGCGUGAGCCUGUCUACCCCCGCGACGUUCGCGGCGGCCACGGCCAGGGGCGACAGGCCGCAGGUGGCGCCGGCCCGCGUCACGCUCAGGUCGAUGGUGAUGGGCCGCGGCACGGUCGCGUGCAGGGCCGGUGGGCCGUCCACGCCGCCGGGCAUCUCGGACAAGAUGUCGGAGAGCAUCAAGGAGGCCCAGGAGGCGUGCUCGGAGGACAGCGCCAGCGGGGAGUGCGCGGCGGCGUGGGACGAGGUGGAGGAGCUGAGCGCGGCGGCCAGCCACGCCCGCGACAAGCUCAAGGAGUCCGACCCGCUGGAGAACUACUGCAAGGAGAACCCCGAGACCGACGAGUGCCGCACCUACGACAGCUGAUCCAUCGGUCCAAGCGCCCGUCGGCCCGUAUAAAAUUAUGCUUGAAGGGGAAGUGAAAAAAGAAAGGUCUUUUACCUGGGUGAAUUUGCACCAAGCUUUUUAUUCAACCUGUAUCUAUUCAUUACAUAUAUAAUUAUAUAUAUAUUUACUCUAAGAACCAUGCGAAACUGCUCUUCCGCGCUCAGGGAACCUACCUCCCCUUGUUGAGGCUUUUUCAAGCCUGAUGGUUGGAUUUUGCUAUUGUGAUAUCCUGAAGUAUGGUGCCUUUGGAUUACAUGCUAUAUAUUAGUUUGAUUU